UCAUAAUAUACAGUACGCUGUAUAUAAGCCUAACAUAUUUGUAAGUCAGUCUCCGGCAAUAUAUUUUCUAUAUAGUCUCUGCGAAAUAUGGCUGGCAACGUGCCCUGCUUUUAUUGCGCCCUGGUCGGCGAUCGCGGCACCGGAAAGACGAGCUUCACUUUGCGCCACCAGACGGGCGAAUUUGUCAAGAAAUAUCGGCCAAGUUUAGUUUAUAGCAAUUGCCUGCUCGAAUUCCAUACAACCAAGGGCGAUAUUCAGUUCAGUGUCUGGAACACGGUGCAACUGAACGAUUUGUACUUUCUGAAUGUCCAGUGUGCGAUUAUUAUGGCCGAGGCGAAUGCCAGUAAAUCAUUUAUCCGUGUGCCCAGCUAUCAGAGUGAGCUGCGGGCACACUUUGGCGACAUUCCAAUUGCGCUCUGCGGCAAUAAGAUGGAUCUGGGCACGCGCGCCUCGAAGUCAUAUCAGCUGUACUUGCCGAAUGCCGAUACGUUUGAGUAUUUUGAUAUAUCUGUCAAGAAGACGCUCAACUGUGAGCUGCCAUUCCUAUGGCUGAGCCGUCAACUGCUGGGCAAUGCCGAGCUGCAGUUUGUUGCCAAGCCGGCGCGUUUUCCACCAGACCUACCCAAACGUCACUGGGAGAAGAUAUUUCUGGAGAACGAGUUUAUCAACCAGGUGCCACCCAUUGCGGAUGACGAGUGGUAAUCCUUUGCAGGUUCCUCGAUUCCUCGAUUCACGAACUUCAACAUAUAUGCAUACAUAUCUAUUUUUUUAGUUAAGCAAUACACUUCCAUUCAACAUCUA